GCCGGCCUGUGCACCGGAAGCAGUCGCUGCAACUUCCGGGGGGGUUGUACUGGUGCGGGAGCUGCGGGGCCCAGAGAGCGUGUUUGAAGUAGUGGGCGCGUCAACAUGUCCCGUGGUUCCAGCGCUGGUUUUGACCGCCACAUUACCAUUUUCUCUCCCGAGGGUCGGCUCUACCAAGUAGAAUAUGCUUUUAAGGCUAUUAACCAGGGUGGCCUUACAUCAGUAGCUGUCAGAGGGAAAGACUGUGCAGUAAUUGUCACACAGAAGAAAGUACCUGACAAAUUAUUGGAUUCCAGCACAGUGACCCACUUAUUCAAGAUAACUGAAAACAUUGGCUGUGUGAUGACAGGAAUGACAGCUGAUAGCAGAUCCCAGGUACAGAGGGCACGCUAUGAGGCAGCUAAUUGGAAAUACAAGUAUGGCUAUGAGAUUCCUGUAGACAUGCUGUGUAAAAGAAUUGCUGAUAUUUCUCAGGUCUACACACAGAAUGCUGAAAUGAGGCCUCUUGGUUGUUCAGUCAAUACUGCGAUUACAUGCCUGUCUACUGUUCUAUCAAUUGAUUUCAAACCUUCAGAAAUAGAAGUUGGAGUAGUUACAGUUGAAAAUCCUAAAUUCAGGAUUCUUACAGAAGCGGAGAUCGAUGCUCACCUUGUUGCUCUAGCAGAGAGAGACUAAACAUUGUAGUUAGUUUACCAAAUCCGUGACACCACUGCCUGUGUUUGGUAACAACAGACCGACAUUCUGAAGGCCCCUGGAUUGCAUAAGAAACCUCUCCCACUCCUGCCACUGAAGUGGUUAGGCCUCUAUAAAUAAAAACAGUGCUUUUGGAAAAUAA